UAUAAACACAGACUGACAUCAUCUGUUUACUUGCGCCCCGAUCAUCCUGCAAAGAGCUUCCGCAGCCGCCGUUCGUGUCUCCCGAUGGCCACAGACAUGGAUAGAUUCGUCUCCUUCGAGGAGGCCCACUACGACCAGUACGACUACUACAACCUGCUGGAGUACCCGUGCCACGCAGGAGGCAAAGGGAGGACCAAGAGGGAGAUCGAGCUCAACACCAACCGCCAUUGCCCCGCAGGCCACGAGAGGAAGAUUGCAGAAAAAUACCACAACAGCGAGAUGAAACGCAGGAGGACCAAGAGCUCUUCGUCUUGAUGAUUCUCCCUCGAUGUUUACAGAGACGGACCCAAGUUGGAUUUCAGAUGUUGACCAUGGCCAAAGUGUCCCUGCCUUUUUCCUGAAGCAGCGAUUGGAGUGAUAUGGCAGUGGGAACGUGCCCAGUGAUCAGUCACCAGACUGUCCUCCACUCCCCUGAAACAAGACCUGCUCCUCUCCUGUUACUGCUGUGCAAGAAAUAGUUUGUGUUGAGCUAAAUAGGUCAGUGGUGUGUGUGUGUGUGUGUGUGUGCUUGGUAGAUGUGCUUUAUGUGAAUAUGUGUCUAUGGGUACAGAGGAUAUUAUACUGUAUUUUAACUGAAUAAAAUUAUGUUGAAUAAACUGAUGUGAGCUCUUU